AUGACCAGUCUACCACCCAGCUCGCAAGACAAUGCGGCCGCAAUCGAGACGUCGCAGCUUAUCGUUGCCCCGACUACCGCUCCUCUUGCCACCACUGAGAACGAUGCUGCCGCCUCGGAACCCUCUGUCGAUCCACCUUCACCGGCUCCCUUCAAAAGAGGUCACGCUUCCAAACCCAGUGUCGGAAUCGCCGCGUCUUUGUUUGGAUCUGGUGGCGACGAAGACCCUUUCUCCGCCAUCUCGGCCUCCAACGGCCCUUCCUCUCUGACACAGCUCACUGAAGUGAAAGAAGAGCCAGAUCUCUUCGGCUCGUUCGAUGCAAGCAACCCGCACAGCCACUUGAAUGACGCCACCUCGGCUGUCGAUCCGGUCAGCUCUCUCUUUGGAACCGACUCAGCGACGUCAGUGCCCAUACAGUCACCGGCAGCAGCUGCUUCCGCUGCUUCCACCACCGAUGGCUUGACAGUGCCCACCAUCGAUGGAAACGCGAGUGCUCCUGCGUCAGGACCGGCGUCUCCUGGGGCGCUCUUUGCCGACCUGAGCUAUCAGGACGAUUGGCUCGCCUCAACAACCGAUCAAAAUGCUCAGCAUCCAGCCGCAGAUGUCCAUGGAGAGAACACCACAAUUCACCAAGCAGAUCCCUUUGGCGCUGCAGAUGGCGGUCAGGGCUCUCUGUCGUGGUUGAACCAGCAAGAAUCUCAUGCCUCCGUCGACCCAGCUACUGAAUCACAGCUGGACGCCUACGGUCGGCCCAUCGUCGCUUACGAGGGCGAUGACCAGCAGGAACAGUACCCACAGGAUUACGGCUAUCAUGACCAACAAGGCUAUGGCUACGAUAAACAUCACGGAUAUAACUAUUCGCGACCACAAGCGAGCUAUGACCAACCAGAGGGCCAUGAUUACCACCAGCAGGGAUAUGGCUCGCAGGAAUACGGCCAGCAACAAGUUUACGAUUACCAAGAAAAUGGCUAUGAUCAGCAAACCUAUGACCAACCGCAAACUUACGACCAGCAAAAUUAUCAUCAGCAAGGCUUCGAUCAGCACACCUACGCACAGCAGGACUAUUCGCAGUCAGGCUAUGAACAACGAGCUUAUGAUCAGCAUGAUGCGAAUCAGUACAACUAUGAGCAGUUCAGCUACCAGGAUCAAAAUUACACCGUUCAUGCCACCACCGAGCCUUACGCUGCCACCUCAUCGGCAAACGACGCGAUCGAUGUCGCCGAGCAAAGCUACAAUACGGACGCAUAUGCAGAUUAUCCCGCACACCAAGCGAAUGCUCAUUCUUCUGCUGGCUAUGAAGGCUACGCCGCUGGCCCGAACAAUGGUUAUGAUGCUGCCACGUCUGGUCGGGCGUAUGACGCAGCUGCGACUAUCGACCAGAGCACACAGGAUCAAUACAGUACUGAUCCUCACUCUGCCUAUGAAAGCCAAGGUUACACACAGCAGCCGUCAGUAGCGGAUUCAUACACACAACAGCAGCAGAGUCGUAGCUACGACCCGUAUGCCCCGCCGAUGCAAGCGCAGCAGCAAGCACACUCGCAUCAAAGCUACUCGCAUAGCGCCGACUCUGUGCCGCCCAGCACGUUCGGCUACGACGCAGGUGCAUACGGCGAUGUGCAAGGCGUAAGUGCAAGUCGCAACCAGCAAGGUUUUGUACGCGCUCCUAGUCCGUACGAUCCACCAGCCGCAACAGCCAGUCCUGCAGCACCUUUGUCCGCCACUGCAAACGAUAACAGCCUGCCACCGCCUCCAAUGGGUCCCCCGCAAGGACCACCUCGUGGCCCACCUCGGGGUCCUUCUCGAUCCGCCUCGCGCAACAUGGCAGGUUCAACUUCAUCUGCGUCUCUUGACGCUCCUCCGCUCCCGAAGCGAACCUCGUCGGCUGUCUCACUCGAGGAUGAAAGUCAACAGGAGCCAACACCUACCUGGCCAAAUGGCACUGAGACUCCUCAAAAACAGUCACAGCCCUUGCUAGGUUCCACAGACACGCCGCCCACCACUUACACCCGUCCCUCUUCCGCUUGGGUCGAUUCGCUCGAGCAAGCAGCUGCGACUCCUCCUACCUUCAGCAGCGGCGACGACUCUCUGCCCAAACUGACGAUCACAGACGAAUCCAAGCACGCAUACAGCAAUAUAGGAGAAGCUCCCGAGAUUGAGACUUCGAUGCGCGAGGUCGAACAGCAACUCUCGGAUAAGAAGCUUUCUACUGCCGUCGAUGAUGCGACCAUUGCCUUUGAUCAUCUCAAUUUAGACCAGAGCCAGCAAAUGUACGCCGGCCGAAGUUCGCAGUACGAGAAUGGCUACUCGGAAGAAGACACAUCUACGCCUCAACCGUCGGAUCAAAAUGCUGAUGGUUACGGCGCAGAUUAUGGCACUGAACAAAACGGUCAGUUCGAUGCAGAGGGCGGCCACCGCUACGAUCAAUUCCAGAGCACUCAGCAGAGCUCUGACUGGAAUAGCUGGAACGAAGAAGGUGCCUCACAAGCACCCACGACAAUCGAACACAACCCUUAUGCUCCGAGCGACCCGCAGCAGCAACAGGAAAUUUUGACAGCGCCAACUCAAUCGGGUGAAGCCUACAGCGAUCUAGCUUACGGCCCGGAACAAAGUAAACUGAUUGAGGACCCUUAUGACCCAUCUCCCCAAGCGCAUGACCCGCCUCGGUUAUACACACUAACAGGCCAAGACGAUUCGGAAGCAAAGACGCCGCUGGCAGCUCACGACGAGCAGGAUAACUGGCUCGGAAGUGCGUCGCCCGCGCUCGGCAAUGACGCCGCGCAAGAUCCGUAUAGCUCAGUCUCAGGCAGUACGUUUGUUACUGGUGCACAGAAUGGUGCCGCGCCGCAUUCCGGCUACGAUCCCUAUGGUCCGCCAUCUGUCAAUGACCGAUCUAUCGAUACGUACGGUGCACAUGAUGGCCAUGCACGGGUUCAACCAGAGCCUGCCGCUAGCGUCGAAGAUGCGUAUACAGAGACUGACCAGCUUCACGAGCAGUCCAAUCAGGCCACCUACUUUGAUUCUAACAAGCGUGCUGGCUCACCACAGCAGUAUGGCUACGGCCAUGUGUAUGGGGCGUCCGAUUCAGCAUAUGCGCCGCUUGACCAGUAUGACUCCAGUGCCGCCGGAACAGGACAAGGUCCGCGCAGUGCUGCAAGCGAUACGCGCUCGCAGUCCGCCUCCGAGACGAGUGCAGAUAUGCUGCAGGCCAUGCGCAGUGCCACCAUUCCAAUCGCCAGCUUUGGCAUUGGAGGCAAGCUCGUCAGUUACUUUCCCACCUCUCGCGCCUCUACCGGCGCUGAAGGAGCGGAUGGCGCUGGUGGCUCGAGCAAUGUAUACGGCUCCUAUUCAUACAACACCUCCAGCUAUCCGACUCAGCUCAAGAUCCAGUCGCUCUCGUCCCUGGUAUCAUCGACUGCAUACGCAUCGGCCUUCGAUCCACUCACCUUCCCCGGCCCUGUCUAUGAGGGGCCAUCUGGCACCAAUGCGCUUUCGAGAGCUACAGGCGCCGCGUCAGCUAGCAAAACCAAGAAGGCGGCCGUGCUCAAACAUCUCGAGGAACGCAUCCAGGAACUCUCCGCUGGCGUCGGCUAUCUGCGUAGAAGACCUUCGUUCUCGGCCUCGUCCACUGGCUCCAACCGAGGCACGCAGGCCGCUCAGGAUCAAGAUGGUGAGCUUGAAGCUCGAAGGACCGAAGACAAGGUGCUGCUUCUUCGUCUGUUGAGGCUUCUCGUCGAAAAUGAUGGCCAGACAAGCUCAAAUGCUUUCGAGCAAGGCGUCCGAUCGCUUAUCAUAGCACCCGAUACACAGGAUGUCUCAUCCUCGCGAGGCUUUGCCAUGUCAGUGACGUCGACGACCCCAGACGACGGGGCAGAGGGUAGCGUCGUCACGUCGCACGAGCUGCGUACAAGUUUCCUGCAAAAGGUGCAAGGAAUGCUGUUGUGUGGCGAGCGGAAGGAGGCUGUCGACUACGCUGUGGCUCAGAGGAUGUGGGCGCAUGCUAUGACCAUUGCCAGCUGCGUCGACAAGGAGUGCUGGAAGGAGGUGGUGAGUGAGUUCAUUGAGCACGAGGUGGGUGCCGCAGAGGCAUCGCUCGCCGCUCUCGGCCAAGGAGAUUUGCAGGGGCUUAAGGUCGCAUACAACGUCUUUUCGGGCCAGGAUCCCGUGUCGAUCUUUGAUCUGUUCCGCACCAAGACGCAGCUUGGCCAGAUGGGUGGUCUGCAGCCUGCACAGGUCGAGUCGACGACGACACCGUCCGCGCUACCUAGCUGGAAGGAAUCGGCUGCCAUUGUCGCUAGUAACCGCAGUGCCAGUGACUCUGCAGCCUUGACGGCCAUCGGCGAUGGUCUCUGCACGCGAGGCCUGCUCGAGGCAGCGCACUUCUGCUACCUGCUCUCGCCGCAAACGUCACCUAUCGGUGGUGCGGACACGAGUGGCGCGCGCUUCACGCUGCUGGGAUUGUCGAGCCCCAAGGCAUCCGCCGCCUUUGUGCAGGACUUGGACGGGAUCUUGAUGACCGAGGUGCUCGAGUUUGCGCAAGGGCUCGUUCCGGCUGUUAAGGGCCAGGAGCCAUUCCCUGGAAUCGCGCAUCUGCAGGCGUACAAGCUUGUGCAUGCACAGCACCUCGCCGAUCUGGGCGAGGUGAGCAAGGCACAACGAUAUUGCGAAGCCAUCGCGCAGUGUCUCAAGCAGAGCAAAGCGUCUCCAUAUCUCCACUCGACGCUGCUCUCACAGUCCAAGCAGUUGUCCGAUCGGCUCGUUGGUGCACCUCAGACGGGUCCUGGAGGCAACUGGGUGACGCGCAAGAUGCAGCGACCUACGCUCGACGGUGUGUGGGGUGCGCUUGAAGGCCGCUUCACCAAGUUCAUCGCUGGAGAGGAGGGGGCGAUGGACGCCGACUCACCCAACAAGAACAGCAAAGGCUCAGUCUCGUCGAGCAUUGGUCCAUUCUCGCAUUACAGUGCCAUCACCCCGGACGCGGCCUCGGGAGGUAUGACAAGGCAGCCGUCGUUCAACGAGCUGCGAACAGGAUCUCCUAGCGUACCCACAUCACGCUCUGGGUCGGCGAUGGACUUCCGCAACGCCACCAAGCGUGCUGCUUCCCCGAAACACCGCGCAUCUACAGCCCUGUCGAUGCGUCCGUUGAAUUCGGACCCUUACAGCGACUGGCCACAGCCGCGAGCGCCUGGUAAUGGGACUGGCAGCGAAGCUGCUAGCAAUUACGACCGUGACAGCGUCAGGUCGAGCUCCGAGAUGCCGAGGGGCGCGUAUGGUUAUGGUGCUAGUCUCCACACUGGUCCUGCUCAAGUGUAUGGCCACGGUGCUCAAGUGUCGGCGUUCUCGACAGCAUCGUCAACGUAUGGUGGUCCUGCAGAGACGAGCUUCGCCUCGAAUGCUGCGCCGUGGAACGGCAGUGCUGGACAGGGUACACGCGAUACAGAUAGCUCUCGUCGACCAAGCGCGGAUGCCGAGGCCCUAGGAGCCGGCUCUGAGUCCGCGUAUGGCGGCUAUGGUGACUGUGGCGGCUACGGCGGCAGCAGCUACGGUGGCUAUGGUGGUACGUAUGGAGAAGCUACUCAGACUGGAGGGACGGACGGCGAGGUGGGAGAUGAUGCUGGCGGCUCCUCGGCUACAGGUCACGCGAACACUCCAUUCUACGGCUACGAUCCACAUGGAGCGCAAAAGCCACAAUUUGUCAGCAAUGUUAACGCAGGAGACGCUCUCGAGGGAGGAGGCCAAGGUGGAUUUGUUUCUCCUUUCGAUGCGCUUUCUUCCAUCAGCCAAACGCCACAGCCGCCAUCGCAAGGCAACCAGUACACAUCUUCAUACAGCCGCCAUCACGCCGAUGUGAAUGAAGAGGAAGAUGACGACGAUCUCGGAUUGGGCAAUUCGAGCGGUCGAAGAAAGGCCAGUAAUGCAGACGGAACAAGUUUCGAAGCGGGUGAUGCGUCGCCAAGGGACAGCGUCGCAAGCUCUUCUGCUGCUCACCACGCCGCCAAGCAAAACGAGAGCGAGGGUAAGAAGGACGACACGGCGAGCAACGCCAGUGGCAGCGACGAGAAGAGGCAGGAGCUCAAGCCAUCCGCGUCGUGGUUUGGUCGACUGUGGGGCCGCAGUCCCAGCACAGACAGCGCCGCGCAGCAAGCGCAGGCCAAGGCGAAGAAGGCACACCUUGGCGAAGAGACGAGCUUUGUGUACGACAAGGAACUCAAGCGCUGGGUCAACAAGAAAGCAGGCGAUAGCGGAAGCGCGUCGAGCACGCCGCCACCGCCGCCACCGCGAACGCAAUCGGCGAGCCCGGCAUCGCAGCCAGAUCGCAGCACUGGAGCAUCGAGUGCUCCACCCAUGCGCGGACCUCCGUCUGGCACCUUGACUAUGGGCCGAGCCACACCUCCCAUCAGCGAAGGCAACGAGGAAGGCAGCUCGGGCCUGGCACCCAGCCGAGGACCGCCGGGAAUGGGAAGCCUGUCCAGGGCGAGAAGCAACCUCGCGGACCACUCGAUGCCUCCUGCUUCACAGCCGCCCAUGGGAUCAGCAGCCGGUCCAGUCAGGGGAUCGGGAGCCUCGACGCCGGCAGGAGGAGUUUCCGGUCCUCCACCACCGCCCGGAGGGUCGAGGAUGGGCACAGUCAAGAAGAGGCCGAUCAAGAGUCGAUACGUUGUCGUCGAUUGA